AGUGUAUUCAUUUGAAUGCUCAAACUGUGUGAGGCGUUAACAGCGAGGUGGAGGAUCUGCUUUGAGUUGAACCAGUUUUGCAUGUUUGCCACUUGCACACCAGAGGGGCCUUUACAACACUCCACAAAAUGAAUCGUGUCACUUAUUAUGGCAGCAGGCAAGCUCUUUAAAGUCAGCUGCAAUAAAUCCGAUGGCUUUCUGCGGCCCUGCCUGCAUGUUUCCACUGAAAAGAACAUGAAGCAGGUGGAAUUUAAUAAUAAGGAAGAAUUAAAUGAGGGCAGAUUCCAGGUGCAUCGCAAAGUGCAGAAUCCAGGCAAAACAAAGCGGCCGUCGCCUUGCAGGAGGAGGGGCUGUUCAUCAGUCCAGGUCGGCGCAAAGCUGCACCGAAGGUCAUCAAAUGUAGGCCGUCUUCGCGGCCCCGGUAUGGCCAACAAAGAGAAUGAGGUGACAUGCUCCGAUUACGUGCGGGGCAUUCACUCCGGGCAGCCGAUGAACUCUGCUGAGGCCUCUAAGAUGGCAGGGGCCAGAUCCAAGUACGCCGACUUUACCGAGCUAUCAAAAGACCAUGAAGCUAUGACUCACAUUCUCUUUGGAAGAGAUCUCCGACUUAAGGUGGCCCUGACUCUAUGGCGAAGAAAUGCCAGCGAGUUGGUGUCCUACCUAAAAAGAAUACAAGACACGGGGGUGCUGCUUGACUGCUUACCCGUCUUAACAAACAACCUUCAAACUGAAGCACCAUGUUUGUCACCUGGUUGCUGUGUUGAUCUCAUGCCUGAAGUCAAAGUCCUUCUUUCCAGUAAAUAUGAGGAACAUGUAACUGUGGGUUUACACUGGGUUCAGUCUGUGAUCAGGAAAUGGUGGCCUGAACUUUCCAAAGCCGAGAAGAGACUGCAGGACAGUUGCUCAGAAGACAGGAAUAUUGAUAUCAUGAGUCAGCAAUUGAAGGACUUGUGGAAGGAAGAAUCCCGAUUAUGUUUGGUUCCAGGUUCUGUUGGAGAGCUAGCAAAAGCAAUUGAAGCUCAUCUAUCUCAACUGCCCUGAUAGUUAAAUACAAGUAGCACUCUGAGCAUGUGACCACUACUGCUGACCAUGGCUGCAUUUUGAACUAAUAAUGUUUGCCAGAAAUGGACUGGUUUAUUCCAUGGACACUCGAAUCUCUUAACUGGGACUGAAUCUGACAAUUCAGAUAAUUCUUCUCAGCGAGAGCUGGAGACUCCUCUGGAGGAGCGCAGCAAGCCUGCACCGCAAAUGACUGCUUCACAUUGAAGUGGACCGUCUUGUGAAGAGGCAUGUUUAGAGGACCUCAAGAGACAGGGCGUUAUGUUGCUCUAUUAAGUGCCAAUGUCUUUCUCCCACUACACCACUUAUGUUUAUGAAUUCCCUGUUUUUUUGUUUUUUUCCUUCUGUGUGCCUGGUUUUUCUCGAAUCAGGAACUUGAAUCUGUAAGAGUCUAAGUUAUUAGUGUUUGUUUUUUGGCCUCUUUUGAUGUUUGACUGUAAACUGUCAAAACAAGUGAUUCUUUUAAUUUUCUUUUAAAUAAAUUUCCAUGAAAAAAAAACUGUAUGGCUAU